GUAAAACAAAAUGCUUUAAAAAGUAAAUAUAGUAAUUGGAACUUUGUUUUGUUAAAUAAUUGAUGUUCAGGUAAGUUAUGACUAACUAUUAUUGACUUUCCAGGGCCUCCAGGAUGGGCAAGGUAAGUACAGGUCUAAAGGGCAUCUUUGGGUCAGGAUAACUGUAAGUACCAUCGGUAAGUAGUUGUAUGUUGUCUUGUCCGGGGCAGAUGGUCUAAUGAAGAACUGGUAAGUAUCAGUGAGUGUAGUCAGGGUCAAGGCAGGAAAAGCUUUGCACUUUCUUGAUGGCAUUUGUAGAAUAGAUUGAACUCCUCAGAAGUGCAAAGAAUGAAAUCCUACUUGUAUUUUCAGAUGCUAACCUACACGAGAACCUGGUAACCAGUCAUCCACCAUAGGAACGCAGCAAUCACCCUGAUACACUUCAUCAGUUUAUUUAAAUUUACAGUUCUGUUAAAUUUGAAUCAGAUUGGCUUUUCCAAUGUUUCUUAAAAUAUUUAAAUGAUCCUUGGCUGAAACAUUCCCCAUUCCAAUGGAACAGUGACACACACAUAUAACAAUAAUGUACAUUUAUGAAUUAGGUAGUUCUACUUAAUGCACACUGAAGAUUGGCAUGUCUAAUUUAACAUUCCAAUGAGUACAUUUAAAGGUCUGUACUUUUGUUAAAUUUCACGGCCAUGUUUGGUGUGCAUGUUGCAGUUGGUUUAAUGCUGCAAAGGCUUUAGGUCCUGUGUUGCUCCAUAAUUCCUGUAUUCAAAAUCUGGAAGUGUCCUUACCUUUAAAUGCAGAGCAAGGAUUUUAUCCUGGCUGAACAUCGCAACCUAGGGAACUUUUUUUGAAAACAAAAUAGAGCUUAAGUGUAAAUAGGAAAUCAUUUUCCAGGGUUGCAGUGUUCUAUACAGAAGAUGUUGCGUAACAAAAGAAGGAGUGUUUGCUACACAAUAUCGUUUUCUACUGAAUAGAUUACAGCUGUAAUGUGCUGUAUCACCACUUUGCAUGUUUGUAGCACCAUAAAAUGUGGUGUUGUUAGUUUCCUUGUGAAAAGGCAUUGUUAUUAGCUUUAAAAGGAGUGAAUACUUGACUGUUCACAAGAUAAUCCCUGGAGAUUGGCUGGCAUUGUGCACUGUAAUAUUAAAUAGAAAGUUUUUGCAGGCUGUUUAAAAACAAGUUGUAUUUCAUAAAUGUAAUAGAAUUUGAAAACAGUUUUAGAUAAUAAACAAAGCAGUGUCGUGGCCUUGCAAAAACCAUUAAAUAAUGCACAGGAGAUUUGUUAAAGGUACACAAGAUUAUAUGGCCGGUUUAGGUAAGACAAAUAAAGAAAAGCUUUUCCAUUAGCUGAUGGUACAAGGAUGAGGUAACAUAGAUUUAGACAUUUAGGCAAGUGAUACAGCAAACGUGAGGCAGAGCUUUUUUACACACCGAGUGCUAAUAGCGCGGAACUCGCAAUGUGUGUUGUGAAAGGGGAAAUAAACGUGCAGGACUAUGAGAAGACUCUGGGGAAAUGGGGCUGACUGUUUUGUGCUAUCAUGAGCUGGAAUGGACUUGAUGCAUUGAAUGACUGCUUCCUGUGUUGCAAUGACUUUGACACUAGAUCAGCGCUUCCCAAACUUUUUCUCAUGGUAGCCCUAUUUCGUCGUUUAAUACUUGCUUGAUAGGUGAGAACUUUGAGAGCCAGGAGGAGGGCAUGUUGGGGGCAAUUGGGAAGGGCUAUGAUAGUGGGGUAGAGGACCUGUGAUGGUGGAGGGGUCGGUCUGGAAAGCUGGCAAUCUCUGCAGCAGCCAUUGCUGCCAGGGAAAUUGCAACCCCCAUCUUUGGAUCCCAUCCUCCACUUUGGAAAGUUCUGCUCCAGAUGUUUUACAAAGAACAUCUAAGAAGAAAUGUAGCAGCCCGGUGCAAAGUUAAUUAUUAAAAGUUUUGCAGCAUGGAAAGAGGCCCUUUGGCCCAUCUGUGUCCGCACUCAUUAUCAAACAUCUCUAGUCAACUCUAGUCCCACUUUCUAGUAUUUGGCCUGAGCCUUUUAUAAAAUGGCAAGUAUUCAUGAAAAUACUUGUUAAAUGUGAUGUUUUCCACCUCUAUCCCCCGCUUCUAGACAGUAGAAACUUGAAUUUAAAUAAUCUAUCCAUUGGUUAUUGACCUCUCUAUUAAGGAAGUUGGAAGAUGUGAAUGAGACUGAGGGGUAAAGUUGAUGGCUGUUGCUUGAUAUGUAAAAUAACUUGACGGUGAUGUACCCCAGAACCAGUUCUGCACAUUUUGGAUUUGGUUAUAAGGAGUAGUAUAAGACUGAUGACUCAAAACUAGGAGGUUUAUUAUUCAGACUGUAAGAGAUUUGAGGUCGGUGCAGGUAGUGCAGUGUAAGGUAACUGAUCUUGGCAAGAUGACAAAGGAUAAGAGCAAACAGGGAACGGAGGUAUGCAGUAAAUGGACAGACACUGAAUUAUGUUAAUCUGCGGAGGAAGAUAUGUAUUUGAAUACAAACAAUAAAUGAUUAAAUUAUUAUAAAUUAAGAUAGUAUUUAGUGUCUAAUAAAUAGCAAAGAGACAAGAAGGAAGAUGUGUCACACAAUGGUUUGGCCACAUUCGGAGAAUGGUGCAAAUUUCAGUGCCUCAUUUCAAGGUCAGAUAUUAAAGUCGUGUAGAGGUUUCUCAGGAAGAUGCCACAGUGAAGUGAGAGAUUAGAAAUUUCUUUACGCUGAGGUGUUCGAACUUUGGAUUCGGGUGGCUACUGUUGCAUUUCUUUUAAAGGGAAAUGAGAUCAGCAUUUGAGGCAGAAGGAAAUACAAGAAAAUGGGGAGAGAGAAUAGGGUCACAGGAUUAACUGUAACUGACAGCCAAUUGCAUCCUUUGCUCACUGUUUCAAAAUACAAUAAUUUCAUUUACAACUGGUAUACGUAUUAAUGAAAAUUGUUUUCAUAUUCACCUUUCUGCGUAUAGUCAGGUACCUUUUCCUAUCAACUAGGAUAAGCUAUGCCAGGAAUAUUAUUACUCCUCUGUUCUCAACUUGCCCAUCACCAUGUUAUUAACAUCUGUCUUUACUUCUGUUGCUAGCCUGCUGUCAUUACCAUUGUGCAAUCAUUUUCCCUGUGCAGUAUGCAGAUAUUUUGUUUCAUGCAAAAUAUAUGCAAAUUGUUGCUUUUCCUGAGCAAUGCUUCUGAGAGGUACAGUGGUCUCUUUGGCUGUGAUGUAGACAUGUAUUUAUCAAUGUUCAACAUAACGCACAUAGGUUUUGCUGCUCCAACAUUCAAUAAGAUCGUGGCGCAUCUGAUUGUGUUCCGAAUUCCACAUUCCUCUCUAACCCUAUGACCUUUAAUUCCCUUGCCUAACACGAAUCUUUCUUCCUCCACCUUAAAAGAAAAAAAUCCGGUGAGCCUGCCUUCUGAGGCAAAGUUCCAAAGAGAAACAAAUUUUUUAUCUCUGUCCCAAAAGGUCACUCCUAAUUCUAAAACAGCCUGCCUCUUGUUCUGCACUCUGUUUUCAUUGAUUAUAAGGCUGGAUUUUCAGCAAUUAGGUUGUAGUAAAUAAGACCAACACUUUCAAAUAAGAAGACAAUACAGUUGUAUUGUGAAAGUUCCUGUUAAGGUUAGGAAUUGUAAUCUGUAACAGGAAUGAGGGACACAGUAUCUGGUAUUGUGUUACAACAACAAUUUUAUUAAAUAUAGUGAUAAUAAUAAUACUAUUAAAAAUAAUAAUUUGUUUAAAAAAGGAAAGGUAACUUUAUUGAAAAAGAAAAAACAUCUUUCGUGUGAGUGAGAAGAAAUGCACCUUUAUUACAGCACAAAGAGUAAACCCAAAUUCGUCUAUCCACAUUCCAGAAUGCUAAAGUAAUCCAAAAUUAGCCUAUCCAUGAUAGAUCAUUAAAAUGGUAAACCAACCCUUGCUACAUAAAUUACCAGGUCUCUGGAUAGCCUUACAUGGUAUGAUUCUCUGUUCAGCUGUUCUCAUCAGUUGCUCAUUGUUGUAGUGUGUAUUUCUGGCUCCAUUCCAGUUUUUUGAGGCUUUGACCUGAGUUUGCCCAAAUAAAAGGUCUGAACAAACCAUGAAUUGGUAUUUCUCUCAGAUUGGGAAAAAUCUGCACACUUACCAGAACUCAGAUUGUUGACCAUUCUUGAUGAUGUCACUCAUCUAUCUAGUGUCCAUCAUAGAAUCCCUACAGUGUGGAAACAAGGCCUUUGGCCCAACAAGUCCACACCAAUCCUCCGAAGAGCAUCCCACCCAGACCUAUUUCCCCACCCUUUCCCUGUAACACUGCAUUUCCCUUGGCUAACACAUCUAAUCUACACAUCCCUGAACACUAUGGUGCAAUAUAGCAUGGCCAAUCCACCUAGCCUGCACAUCUUUGGACUGUGGGAGGAAACUAGACCACCCAGAGGAAACCCACGCAGACGCGGGGAGAAUGUGCAAACUCCAUGUAGACAGUUGCCUGAGGGCGGAAUUGAAUCCGGGUCCCUGGCGCUGUGAGGGAGCAAUGCGAACCACUGAGCGACCGUGUUGCCCUAACCUCCAUUUCAUCAACCACCCUGUUGACAGGCUAAUCAUUGUCCCGACGUGUAGGUCAUGGGGUCAGUACAGUAAGGACAAUUGGAAAAAUCAGCUUUUGGGGAUAAAAAAGUAUCCAAUCAAUUCAACAACUGUAAAUAUUAUAUCCUUGGGAACAGGGCCCAAGUUUAUAGUUGAAUGUUGCAACAGGAUUGCACAAUUGGUUAAUUUUGACUUUUACAAAGUAUAAAUUCAGUUCGAGUUUACUUGAAAAUCAAAAGUUAAGCAGAAAUUAGAUAUAAAAGAUAAAAUUGUAAAAAUUGAUGAUUCUUGCUGUAGGCCUACAGUUCAUUGGAAUGUUCACACCAAAAUAUCUCUGAUGGCAUCUCACUGAAUUUGAUUCCGUGGGAGCAUUUCUGAUAACUUUAGGGAAAAGGAUUGCUGUGUAUUGUCACUGAAGGGGCUUGUAGCCUACAGAUGGGAAAAAAGUGAUUAAAAAUAAGAGAUUUUGUUGGGAAAAUUGGCAAACUGGACAGUGGAAGAAUUGCUGGUUAAAUCAGUUGGCUGGACAGCUGGUUUGCAAUGCAGAGUAAUGCUGACAACAUGGGUUCAAUUCCCACACUAGCUGAAGUUACCAGAAAAGAUUCUGCUGUCACUCUCCACCUGAAGAAGGACUGAGGCUCUGAAAGCUUGUGAUUGCAAAUAAACCUGUUGGACUAUAAGCUGGUGUCGUGUGAUUUCUGACUUUGUCCACCCCAGUCCAACACUGGUACCUCCACAUCGUGACGCACUCCACUCGCUUGAGGUGUAAUGACCUUCAGGUUAAACCAUUAUCCCCCCUCUCACUCUCUGUAAUGAGAGAGCAGGCCUGUGGUCCAUUAGGACUAUGACAACUUUUAUUUAAAAUAAAUAUUGCUGUAAUGAGUAAUCUUCCAGUGAGACUGUGUUUCCCAAAACUUGGAACUACAUCUGACAUUACUUUUCCUGUUCUAGUGUUCAUUAUUGUGAGGGGCAAGGAAUUAUACAUUACAAGAAACUACUAAUUUCCUUCACUGAUCUAAAUGAGAUGGAUUGUUGUACCAUCCUGUGGUCUGUUAGAUUUUUGGGACAUUUAAUAAGAUAGGAAUGAGGUACCUAAAGCAGUCAUCAAAGUUCUUGUGCCCUGUUUCUGUAUGUAGAAAAUAGCCACAGUUAAGAAACAGGAGCAUUGAUACCACUGUCAAAGUACUGACGCUUGUUAGAAGCAGAUUUUUUUUAUUCAUUCAAGGGAUGAGGGCGUCGCUGGCUAGGCAGCAUUUAUUGCCCGUCCCUAAUUGCCCAGAGGGCAGUUAAGAGUCAACCACAUUGCUGUGAGUCUGGAUUCACAUGCAGAUCAGACUAGGUAAGGAUGGCCAUUUCCUUCCCUAAAGGACAUUAGUGAACCAGAGGGGUUUUUAUGAAAAUCGAUUCACAGUCAUCAUUAGAUUCUUAAUUCCAGAUAUUUAUUGAAUUCAAAUUCCACCAUCUGGGUUCCCAGAGCAUUAUCUGGGUCUCUGGAUUAACAGUCUAGCGAUAAUACUACUGGGCCAUCUCCUCCCAGUGAUGAGACUUAAUAUAUUUAAACAAGAAUUGUACACAAUACAAUGAACUAAGCUCAUGCCUAAAAAUGCAGCAGUGUUGCUUGAUUAAAUUGGAAUUAUUUAUUUGUCAAAUACAUUGAGUGGUGGUUAGCCACAGUCAGACCAGUUAAUCACUUAAAGCACUGGGGUCUCUGAUGAGAUUGUUAGUGGGGAAUUUGCCAAUAAUUUCCAUUCUGACGGGGUAGUUGUCAUGGGUACACAGCCAAGGAGACUGAUUUAAGUUGUUACACUGUACACUGUUGAGGAGACUGAUUUAAGCAAAGAUUUUUAAACACAACACAUUGUUUUAAAACCAUGCAGUUUCUGCAGUUAUUACAGCCACUUCUAUCAAACCUAUGAUUCCUAUUUUUUUAAUAGUUGAUCUUGUAUUGUAAAUGUAGGAAGUAAAGUAACAUCUGUUACAUUAAUUUGUGAAUUGGUGUGAUUUGUAAACUUCUAACAGUCAGGUAUGGACUACUUGUUUGUGUACUAAAUUCUAAUUUUAAUUAGUUUUCAGGUGGAAAUUAUUUGGCCUAGAACUGUCUACUUCGUCUAUAGGUAGACAGGGUUUGUUGCUUUUGUGAUUACUUUUCUGAGGCCCAGAGCAUUUGGAGGUUGCUGGAAAAGAUGUAGGAAUGAUAGAUAGACAUUGUUAGUCCUGGAUGCUUCAAAUUUUCAGUCAUAAGAGCACGUGUGCUGUGACACUUGUGCUGUUGGUUUAGUGUCUGUAAAUUGUGGAGCAACAUGAGAUCUUCCUAAGCCUAACAAAUACCUGUCAGAUUUAUACAACAAUGAAACCAGUAUGGAUACUCCCUAGGUUUUGCGGGUAAGUUUUUUUCUGGAAGGGUAUGAGGGAGGUGCCCAUCCUGCCAGAACAUCGAACUAUGAGGGGGAAAUCUGUUUAUUUCAUCGUUUACAGGCCUCAAUGUCUGCAAACCAAGCAACAAAUAAUGAACAAUUUUGCCUCUUCUUUGUCACCAUUGCUAGACAAAUGUUUAUGGAUCAGCACAGAGACGAAAAAUGCGUCCUUUUGAAGGGUUUCAACGCAAGGCUAUUGUAAUUUGUCCCACGGAUGCCGAUUUAAAACAACGGACAAUAAAGCGCACUGAUGAGGAAGGAAAGGAUGUUCCUGAUCAUGCAGUUUUAGAAAUGAAAGCGAACUUCACUCUGCCUGAAGCCGAUGAGUUCCUGGAUGACGUCACCUACGUAGAGCUGCAGAAGGAGGAGUCGCUGAAGCUGGUGAGUGAGUACAACGAGGAAGGGAAAAGGGCCGGCCCUCCCCCGGACAAGCGGUUUGACAACCGAUCUGGUGGCUUCCGUGGACGUGGAAACUUCAACCGAUUUGACAAUCGUGGUGGGCAGGUGACACGUGGGUUCACCCGUGGUGGAUUCCGACCAGGCUACAAUCGUGGAAGUAACACACAGAACCGUUGGACCAACAGCAGCACCAACAACCGUGGUACCUACAAUCGUACCCAGAGCUACAACUCAACCCGCACACCCACCUACAACAAAACCAGCUACAAUCAGAGUCAGCCAGCACCAGCACCUGCACCAGCACCUGCACCUGCACCUGCGCCUGCGCCAGCAGCACCAACGACAGCACCGACAACGUACGCUCAGAGUUACAGUCAGGGCUACAAUCAAGCAUACACUCCUAAUUACAGCUACGGAAACUACAGCAGCUACGGGAGCUAUAACCAAGGCUACACUCAGCCACAGACAGCAACGCAACCUUACACCCAACAGUACCCCAACCAGUACCAGCAGUAUGCUCAGCAGUGGAGCCAAUAUUACCAGAACCAGAGUCAGUGGAACCACUACUACGGGAACUACAGCUAUGGGAAUUACUCAGGAGGCUCUCAGGGCUCUGGGACACAGUAAAACCCAAAUUCUAAAGCUAUCGUCACAAAACCAAUUUUUUAAAAAAAACACAAUUAUUCUACUAGCAGUCUGUUGUAUUUAAGAUUUAAAAGCUGCAUCAGGGUGUGAAACACACCAGUUUUCAGUCAUUUUAUUGUGUCGAUAUAGUAGUAGUGAUUGUAAAAUUAAAAAAGUUGCAAAGAAGAAGGAAUAAACAGUUUUAAGAUUCUGGGAUGUUUCGUGUAAUGACGCCUUUUUAGAUUUUUAUGUAACUUUUUACUGUUAAUAAGCUGUCGAUAUUUUGUCGGUAAUUAAUGACAAAAUUUCUUCAAAACAAUUAGAACCUUGAAUAUGUUAACUUUUUUUUAUAUAAUGUAUAACUAUUCAUGUGACUUUGCUUGUGCAUUUCUGUUGAGUCUGGUUGAAACGGCUUUUUGUAUCUAGGGAAGAUUUACAAUUGAAUGACACACACAGCUUUUUGGUGUUACUGCUCUCAAUAACAUUGUGUGAAAACUUGUGUUUGUGUGAAAUAUAAUUAAGGGCGCAAGGAAUAUUUUUGAUCUCAAUGUUGGGUUUUAGUAUUGUACCUAUCUUGGGUGACAAGGAACGCUCAGAACUAUAUCUGGACACGCUUCAGGUCUGGCAACUGUCCUAAUUGUAAAAAGCAGGGGUUCAAAUGAAGAACUAAACACUCCAUAUUGUGUACAAACCAAACCAAAUCACUUUACAAUAUCAUUCAGGCAGUCAGUUUAUUUCACUGCCACUUUGGCUGAUGAACUGAAAAAAAUUGUCUUCCAUCUCCAAAAGCUGACAAGCAUAUACUGUUAAUAAAAACACAUCUGCCUAUCUCUUAGUUUUUGUUUAUGUUUUGUUUUACUUCACUUCCUUCACACAAUCUUCAUCCCUGAAAGGAGUAUGGUAUGUAUCUGGUUGUAUCUGAAGAAGUGGGUGGGGGAAAGACAGGUGACUGCCUUGGUCAAUUAUCCUUCCUGAGGUGCUGUGCACGAGGAAGGUAAGUGAAGAUAUUCUAAGACUUGUUGAGACAGCAAAUACCCAGUAAUUCUGUAAUUCAAGCCUUUUGUCACAAGAAGUUGUGAUCUCCACUUCUGGAACAAAUUGUCUUUAUUUGGAAUACUCCAAAUAAGAAAACAAUUUUUGAAAAGCAUUGUUUGUUAGCUGGAGGUGAAUAACUUGAUCCAAAUCUAGACAUGAAAUGCCUACCUAGAUAAAUUUACUCAGAACUGAUUAGGCAGGCAAGAUGGGUUGAAUGCCUUCUGCUGUAUUAUUAGGUAAUUACGAUAUUUGAUUCAAUUGUGUUUACUCCCUGCAUGUUACUUGACCACUAAAUAUUUUCAUUUGAAGUUAUUCAUUAUGGGAUCACUCAUUUCUCUGCACUUGAGGCAGAUAAGGAUUUAUCACAGGGAAUCAAAUUUUGAACAUUCAAUUUACCGAAUUUUCUCCACUCUCCUGAUAUCUUGUCACUUGAGUGAAUAGCUCAAGUAACUCUUAAUAACCUAUUUUGGACAGGCAUGAUGAGAUGCAGGAACUCUUGGUUUGGAAUAAAUAUCACAGAGGAUUAAAAGUGAUCGAAUAUAUACAGAGAGGGUUCCCCAGGUGACUGAGAAAGGUGCCCUCAAUGUGUCACUGAACUAUACAGGUCUGCUAGGUCCCAGCUUUGGCCCUUGUUAGAUGCAGGUUUGGUUUGCUACUUUCACAGCCUAGGUGAUAAUCUGUGCAAUAGAUCACAUGCCUGUUCAGAAGCUGCUUGAUUUUUAGUCCAGAAAUUUGCGCAUUGAAAAUUGGGUGUAAUUUCUGAAGAAUAAAGUGAGCUAAUUAAUAUAAAAAUCCAGCCAAAGGCUGUUUGCUUUGGCAGGGGGAGAUAUUUUGUGAUUUGGCCCUACUGAGACUGAGGCUGUAUGGAUGAUGUUGGAACAGAUUUUUAAAAUGCUGUUCUGCAAUUGCAUAACCUGUUGACUUGUUGAUGGAAUGCAAGAAAAGGCUCAUUGGAAAUGGCACCAAAGGCAAAUGAAAUUACAACAGAGGGUGAGGAGGAGGGGAAAAAAACCUCUUAAAAACCUUCAGGAAAUUAUUGUGUACAAGAUAGCGACCUGCACUGUAGUGACCCACAGACUACUGAUGGUGUGUUUCAUUUCACUUUACAGAUAGCUUAUAGAGAUUGCUUGUCUUGGAAAAGUGCUAUUUUUUGUAAAUUUCACUAGUUUUGUGUUGUCACUGAUCCAUAUAGGAAAGUGCUUCUCCAUUCUGAUAGAGGCAAAGGCCAGUUAUUACAAGAAUAUUUGUUAAGUAAUCUUAGGAAUAACGAUCACCAAGAUGCCUAUGUCCUGCCAGGUUGUCAAGCAAGACUAAAUGCUUCAUAGCGUGCGAACAUUGCUCUCUUUCCCUGUUGAUAAUCUGCCAUUUAACUUUACAUUUGGUUAAGUUCAAAAGCUAUUACUUUGUGACUUUGUCAGUACUUUGUUACACUGAAUAAAACAGAACAAUUAUGUUUAAGCAAAAAAACAUUAAAAAUGUAUUUUAAACUGA